UUGCAUUUAAUAAUUUGUAUGAAUUAAAAACACAUAUUAAUUACUCUCCUUUUUUCAGUGCACUGGUAGUUGUAUUAGUGCAAUGGUAGAUGUAUCAGGACAACGGUAGUUCCAAAAAAGGAACGUAAUUAAUAUGAGUUCAGUAUACAUUUUUUUUAUUGAAGGGAGGCAAAAGCCACAGGUGAAAAAACAGAGCAAGCACCUCCCAAGCUGUCUCUACAACAAAACUGCAGGACCAGGGAGGCGGAAAACCUCAAACAGCAGGAAAUCAGACCUCGACAAACUGACAAACAGAAGCAAAAUACCCCUGAUCCAACAAGCAUACUAAUCCCCGCUCUGAAGCACCCUUCUCGGGAAGCUAACACCAAUUAUGUCUUCUCUCAAGAUUCUUUCCAAUUCCCUAGGUGGACUUGUUAGUAUACAUGCGCAAUGGUAGUUGUAUCAGUGCAGUGACAGUUAAAAAAAUGCAAUUAAUAUGAGUUUUUAAUUUCCAAAAAUUAUUAAAUGCAACAAGAAUUUAAUAAAAAAAAUAACUAUAAUAUUAAUAGGUGUGUAAUUUUUCCAACCCUUAAAAAGGGUUUAGCACUAACCGAUCCCCCACUUCCCUUUCUCACAUUUCACUUAUGUGAUAUUCCAGAGUUUUUCUAAAACUCCAUUCCCUUCAUUCCUAUGUGCACACCCAUCCAAAUCUCAAGUCCCAACCACCAUAGUAGAGGUCAAAUACAGUAAGUACCUACAACUAUAUGUAGAGAUUUUCAGGUUGCCAUGGCCACGUCCAAUCCAAAGCAUUAUUGCCUUGGCCAUCUCUCUGUGUCAGUCUAAGGCAGUCGGGCAGACACUGUCAUAUCUAGACACAAAAAAAAAAAAAAAAACCAUCAGUUUACCCUGCCAUAUCCACACAAAAUUGGACCAUUAUGUGUUCUAGGCUCCUAAUGAAUUUAGCUAGCAUGUUGAAUGUAAGUAUUGGAUGUCAUUGGAUCUUAGUGAAUGUGUAAAAUUCUAAAAUCUAAUCAACCCCAUAUGAACGUUUUCUUCUAAUAUAUGAACCGGAGUUGCUCGCAGCAAAGGGCAAGAACCCUAUACUUGGAUUUUGAAAGUCAGGUAAACUACAUGUCUUGAAGAGUUGAGAUGACACUGAACAGGAAAAAAAAAGCACACUGCUCAGCGAAUUUUUGAAACUAUAGAAAAGAGUUGGCCAUAUUCAAGACUCAAGAGGGUGCAGAAGUGUUGAUACUUGCCAUUCCCUCCAUGCCAUUUUCCAUUACUGCUGCUGUUAUUUUGCAGUGUAUACAUCUGUCUGUUAGACCAUUCUUUUGUUUGAUUCUUCCUCUCUUCUCCUCUCCCAGCUGCUCCAUGACACAUGUCCACCCCACAUUUCCAGUGACCCUCUUGUGAACUUACAUGAAUAUGGUAAGAUGUAAGCAGAGAGAGAGAGAUGAAUUUGGGGCUGGGGGGUGACUCAAAAUUUUGGGCUGGAGCCAUUGGAGGGAGAGAUAGUGGUGGUGACUGGUGGCAAAGUGGCCUCAGUCAUAAAAUUGGGUGAUCUGAAAGUGACAUGAUAGUGCAAAAGGGUUUGGUACUUUGGUAGGCCACCAUUUGGCUAUAUUUUAUGUAAUUAAAUUUGGAUUCUCAAUUAGUCUGUAAAAAUAUGUUGCAUUGAUCAUAAUCUACACAAUGACAUCCAUUUUGAUAUAUUUUAACGUCUAAAAUUUAAUUUUAAAAUGGCGUGAAUAAAUAACAAUAUGCGUGAAUUGACACCAGGUUGCGUGACUAAACAAUAUCGGUUGCGUGAAUUAGCAACACUCUUACGUGAACAAUGUCAAUAUGGCGUGAAUAACGAAAAUAUGGCGUGAAUAAAUGAAAAAAUGCGUGAAUUAGGUGUUCUUGUCACCUAACGUGACAAGAAACUUGAUUCUUGCCCUAAACCCAACUCUGUAUUGUCCACACUCACUCAAUUCAUUUUUAGUCAAAAAUAAAACACUGCUUCCUUCCCUUCUUCUCCAGGCCACCCACCCUUUCUCUCCUAAUUCCCUUCCUGGCCUGUCCUCUCUCUAUUUGAUGCGGUCAAACAGUUAGUAAUCAGAAUGGAUUCUUGGUUUUAAGUGCGAUUAGAUCUGAGUGGGUGAGACUAAAUGUUUUUUUUCUUAUUCUUACUUUUGAAUCGGUUUUUAUCUUCUUCGUGUUGAUUUGAAUUUAUUUCCCCCGUACAAAUGGAACAACUCAUUGUAAUUGUCAAACUGAUAUAUAUUUGGAGACAAAAAUACAUUUGGAGAUAAAAAUGUCUACAUCAUCUAUACUACUCGAUACCAUCCUAGUAUCAACUUCGUUUUUCACUCAAAUUUGGAGAAAAAAAUUGCCCAAAAGAAACGAGUUAAUCGUGAUCUAUUAGAUCAGUGGUAUAUUCAUACCACCCAGUGGCGUAGCCAGACUUUGUGGUUAUUGGGUUCCUUAAAAAUUUACUAAUACUAACGCUUGUGUAUCUACGAACAAGGGUUUGGCCUAGUGGUAAUACCAUUAGUCUAGAACCCGGAGGUCCCAGGUUUAAAUCCCUUAAGCGGUACCUUAAUGACAACAAAUCACCCUUAUCUAAAAAACGCUUGUGUAUCUAAUAUAAUGAACUUUGAGUUGAUUGGGGUCUUUAUGUGAGCUAAGAUCGACGAGAUUAUGGGGUCCUAAAUUUGAAUAAUCGUACAAAACCUUAUGUAUCUAUAGGAUUUUGUUACCCAAUUUUUGUCCAAGUGGGGUCCUAGAACCCCUCUCCUUGACACUUCUCUUCGCCACUGAAUUACCAUCAUUAGUACAUUUUCAUAUCACAUAAUAUAAUAUUAUGUACUAGUACUACCAAGCAUUACCACCAUAAUAAGCAUUAAUAAUAAAUGUCUCACAGUUUUUGUUAAAAAAUAAAUAUUAAAGUUGAUAUCAUUUUGAACAACAGAGUCAAUCUGAUUUCUGUGAAAUAAAGUAUUACUUAAAACCACAUAGAUACAGCCCAUUAUAUACAUGUUUAUCGAUUGAUAGGGAAAGAAUGAAGGUGGCAUUACGAUAAAUAAAGGAUGAACAAAGGGUAUAUUUUCACCCACUCCAUUAUAUAUACCGAGUCCAACUGAGAAAACAAACACACUAACGAAGAAAAAUGCUCGCCGGCCCCCAAGUCACCAUCAACCGUCCUGCAUGGAUCUCAAGUACUGGCGGCGGCCACCGCUCCUCCGCAGCCGCCGCCCGGUCCCCGCAUCUGCAGCGACGCGUCACAGUUCCUUCCGCCAUCGCCGCUCCUCCGAAGCACUCGAUGCCGCCGGCGAAGGCGGAGAUCUUCAGGUCGCUGGAAGGGUGGGCGGCGGACAACCUCCUUCCUUUGCUGAAGCCCGUGGAGAAAUGCUGGCAGCCGCAGGACUUCCUGCCGGACCCGACCCUCCCGGCGGCGGAGUUCGCCGAGGAGGUCCGGCUGCUGAGGGAGCGGACGGCGGAGCUUCCCGACGAGUACUUCGUGGUGCUGGUCGGGGACAUGAUCACGGAGGACGCGCUCCCGACCUACGAGACCAUGCUCAACAGGACCGACGGCAUACGGGAUGAGACCGGAUCCAGCCCAAGCCCAUGGGCCGUGUGGAAUCGGGCCUGGACCGCCGAGGAGAACCGCCACGGCGAUCUGCUCCGCACUUUUCUCUACCUUUCGGGUCGGGUCGACAUGGUCAUGGUCGAGCGCACUGUUCAGUACCUCAUUGGAGCUGGCAUGGACCCGGGGACGGAGAACGACCCGUACUUGGGCUCCGUGUACACGUCAUUCCAGGAGCGAGCCACGUUCGUGUCGCACGCCAACACGGCUCGGCUGGCGAAGGAAGGCGGGGAUCCGGUGCUGGCGCGGAUAUGCGGCGUCAUUGCAGCCGACGAGAAGCGCCACGAGCUGGCCUACACCCGCAUCGUCGAGAAGCUUCUCGAGCUGGACCCGAACGGCGCCGUUCUGGCGGUGGCGGAGAUGAUGCGGAAGAGGAUCACGAUGCCGGCGCAUCUGAUGUACGACGGGAGGGAUCCCAAGCUGUUCAAGCACUUCACCGCGGUGGCGCAGCGGCUCGGGGUUUACACGGCGGAGGACUACGCGGAUAUACUGGAGUUCUUGGUCGGACGGUGGGGGCUGGACAAGUUGGAGGAUGGGUUGGACGGUGAAGGGAGGAAGGCGCAGGAGUUCGUGUGUGGGCUCGCGCAGAGGAUCAGGAGGCUUCAAGAGCGAGCUGAUGAGAAGGCGAAGAAGACGGAGGCUGAAGCCGUCAAGUUUAGCUGGAUUUUUGACCGGGAGAUGGUUCUGUAAAAAAGAGUACACGUACGUACUUGGGGGUAAACAUAUAUGCAAUUAAGGUCCUGUACGGCCUACCGUUUAAUUGCCUUUUAGUUUUGUAAAUUUUCUAUCUUCAAUGUGGGUUUGACAUUUGGAUGCACGUGGUAAAAUGUCUUGGUUACAUGAAUGGGUAAAUUGCAUGGUCCAUGAAACCGUACUGGAGACCGUACCGGGAAAGUCACCGGUAGGGUAUUUUAUGCUAAAACUGUGGUUUAGUCGUAGUUCAACCGUUAUGAUGGUAAAUAACGCCUAUUGGUUUAGUCUCCGAUACUGGUAUUUCGUGGUUGAACCGCUGGUACGGUACGGUACGAUUUCAUGGACACUGGUUAAUUGGUGAACACUGAUGAAAUGAAACGGUAGAUAAUGCAUACAGUAAAAUUAAUUAAGCAAACCACAAGAGUAUUUAAACAAGCCACAAUUGGUGAACACUUAAUGAAGUGACAAAUUAGUAACCUGUUUAACUAGACCAGAAAUACGUUGUAAGCACACCACAAGAUUAAUGAAGUAGGUGAGAAAGU